AUGGUUACCCCUACCCCCAUCCCUUCCCCCGGCACACCAGCAGGCAAACCUCCCCUGCUGAAUUACAUCCUCUCCUUCCUCCUCGUCGGACUAGCCUGGGGUUUCACGACACCCUUCCUCCGGCGAGCCGCCAAGGCGCAUAACCCCCCUUCCCAUCCCCUUCUGGAAAGGGAAUCGGUAAAGAGAAGCGCAGUCAAGAGGAAGACACUGGGGGCUUGGUUCGCGGUGACGGACUUGGUGAGGAAUUGGCGGUAUAGUGUCCCGCUAGGAAUUAAUUUGAGUGGGAGUUUGUGGUUCUUUUUGCUGGUUGGUGGGAGCGAGUUGAGCUUGACCGUGCCGAUUGUUAACACGACGGCUUUCCUGUUCACGGUUAUCGGCGAGUGGUAUGUUGAGGGGAAGGUUAUUAGUCGUGAUACCAUGCUGGGAAUGUUUCUUUGUUUGGGCGGCAUCGCGCUUUGUGUCCAGAGCAAGCAAAGUGUUUAA